GCUGCGGUUUGAGCCAAUCAGAGCGCGUUUCUUUUGUGGAGGGAGGUGCUUUCAUUGGUCCGCGCUACAUCGGCGUUAGAAAGAUUUAGUGCGUCAUUGUUGUUACGAAGGGGGAGUAAGACAGGAACAGGUCGGCAUCCGUUAGGAAAGAGAGAACUGUUCAUCUCCACUUGUUGUAGAUAGAUAAUGGAGCCAGAAAACGACCCGCAGGAAGAGGAGACCUACAGCAACAAAGAUAGUAAUGGUAAGCGUUCUGCUGAGGAUACUGAGGAGGACAAGCCCCAUAAGCGAUCACGAAAUUCUGAUGACAUGGUGGAGCUCAGAAUUCUGCUACAGAGCAAAAAUGCCGGAGCGGUGAUUGGAAAGGGUGGGAAGAAUAUUAAAGCUCUGCGCACAGAUUACAAUGCCACUGUGUCAGUCCCAGACAGCAGUGGGCCCGAGCGAAUCCUAAGCAUCAGUGCCGAUAUUCCCACUGUAGCUGAGAUACUGCUGAAGAUCAUACCUACUCUAGAAGAGUAUCAACAUCAUAAGGGCGUGGACUUUGACUGUGAACUGAGGCUUCUCAUCCAUCAGAGUCUAGCUGGAAGCAUCAUUGGCGUGAAGGGUGCCAAGAUUAAGGAACUUCGUGAAAGCACCCAGACCACCAUCAAACUCUUUCAGGAGUGCUGUCCUCAGUCCACUGACCGCGUGGUGCUAGUGGGGGGCAAAGCAGAGCGGGUGGUGCAGUGCAUUAGGACCAUGCUAGAGCUCAUUGUGGAGGCUCCCAUUAAAGGACGAGCUCAGCAGUACGACCCUAACUUUUACGACGAGACCUACGACUAUGGUGGCUUCAGCAGUACGUAUGAAGAGCGGGGCCGUCGGCCCAUGGGAGGCUUCUCUUCGCGGGGGCGUGGCAGCGGAGGUGGCUUUGAUCGAAUGCCCCCCAGUGGAGGACGUGGUGGCCACCACAUGCAGAACAGGAGAGACUAUGAUGACAUGAGCCCACGCAGGGGCCCCCCCUAUCCCAGAGAGGGGGGGAGAGGAGGGGGUCGUCCCCCGCGAAACAUGCCCAUGGGACCCCCACACCACAGGAGAGGUCUGGACAAGUCAACGCUAGUAGCUGAAAGUCAGAGCCAGUCUGCAGGUUUUGGGCAGUCGGAGUUGACCGUCACAGAAAAUCGUAUAGUUGAUGACCAGUACUCCUACAGCUCCCAGCGUGGCCACAUGGAAGAAAGGCGGCAUGGGGAAAGACGAGGGCGCAGUGAUCGUUAUGGAGGCAGCAUGAAUGAUGGAUAUGGGUCGCUGAAAAGGACAAAUGCAGAUGUUUCUUCAUCUACAAACAAUAAUUCAUCUUGGGAUUCCUCCUAUCAGUCUGGUGGAAGAAGUAGUUACAGUGAAGGUCCUGUGAUCACCACACAAGUGACUAUUCCUAAAGAUCUGGCCGGAUCGAUCAUCGGUAAAGGGGGUCAGAGGAUCAAGCAGAUUCGUCAUGAGUCCGGAGCAUCAAUCAAAAUCGACGAGCCCCUACAGGGUUCUGAGGACCGCAUCAUCACCAUCACAGGAACCCAAGACCAGAUCCAGAACGCUCAGUACCUGUUACAGAACAGCGCUCUACACCUCUUGGGACGCCAGAACUAACCAGCCCUUGUUUCUCAGGAUAUCCAUCCAACUGAAGCUCAAGUCCUCGUCACCGCGUGAUGGCCUGACACAUGACGCGUCCUUGUCUGUCACCUUUAUAGGAAUCCCUCAUAGAAUCGUACAAGCCCGAGCCCUCUGGUUGUCCUUGAUUGUGGAUUUUGUGGGAUUGUUCUUUCUUUUGGUUGUUUUUAUAAAUAUUAAUUUUAUAUGGGCCAACUAUCACUUCACACAAAUCUUGAAUGAGCAGAUAGCUGCUUCUCAACAGGACGUUGUUGUUGAUUUUUUUUUUUUUUUUUUUCUUCUUUUUUUUCUUUUUCCCUUUUGGAGUGAAUGUUUUAUUAGUUAGGAAAAUUUCCAAAAGCUUGAUCCGGAAUGUACACAUUCAACCCCCCCUUCUUUUUUUAUUAUUAUUUUUUAAACACCCCUGAGUGUUCUAAAACUGCAUUUGAUAGAGAAUAAAAUGUAAAUAUCCAGUGAUACUAUGGAAAAUGAUUACUAUGGACAUAUGAAUAUAUCCUUUACACUCUGUUUCAUUCAUGUGAUGUUUUUCCUCAGCAAAAAUACAGAUAUUUUCACCAGGUACUGAAAGCUUGCAGUACUUUUUUUGUAUGUCUUUUCUCCUGUCUGUUGCUGGGUUUUUAAAAUCUAGUGUUUUAAAAAAAAUUACUCUACCUCUGGAAUUUUUUGUAGGCCUGCCAUCCUAAAGAAGGCUCAUAAUCAUUGUGCAUUUUUCUUUUUAAGAAGAAAAAACAAGUGGAUUUGAAGUUUUAGACUAUAUUUGUGUCGGAGCAGGACAAUAAUUCUCACUCUCCCUGUCUUUUAUUUUUCUUAUCUUUAUUUUUUUACUCAAAUUUUCUCUGAAGUUCUUCAACCAGGCACAUUUGUAGAGUUUGUCAUUUGUCUGAAAUAAAGGAAUUGCCAUUUUUUUCA